AAGACAAGCUCGGGCUGUGGCUUGUUUUUCCUGUGCGCUUUGCGUCAGUUGGUGCUUUGACAUCAUGGCCCUUGUGCUUGGGAAAGAGGACGGCGUCUGGAUUGACUCUCCACGGGAGGCAAGUAAGCAGUAUGAUCUUUUCGAGCUUGCCGCGUUCCGAUAUUUCGCCCGCAAAAAACCAAUUCCCAGUCAAACUGGAGGGCCUUGCAAUGGAGAAGAUACGUCCUCUUCUAUGGUGCCCAGCCAAGCGAGCUCCAGUCAUCAAAUAGUUCUUCGUGAAGAAGGCCCAGGACUUAAUACCACCACGGAAGGAAUUGCCAGAAACAGAAAAAGGAAAAGGAAAACAAGGAGCACAUACACUCCAAACACCAAAGAAGUGGCAGCAAAAGCCAGACAUGAGGCGAUCCGUCCGUUCAUCCUGGCUGCUUACGAAGCCUUCGGACAGCGGCUAGCUGAUGGCAGCCUGCCUAGAAGUUGGAUCCAGCCUGCAAGCUCAGAACCUGAAAUGGGAGACGAGGAUGUCGACUUCGUUGCUCUUGCUGGCGUCUGGCAAGCGGACUUGGCUGAGAUCGUCUUCCAAGACUCCGAAGAGCACUUCCCGCUGUUCAACGCUCUUGUUAGGAACGAUUGCGCUUCCGAAGUACUGGCGGCCUGUAUGGGCCACACCUUUCUUCUCCCGAAAAGGUCAGCAUUCCUCUUGUCUGACUUCAGCCGUCUGAGCCCGCUUAUACCAGCAACAAGAAGCGAGGGCUAUGACAUCAUCCUGCUGGACCCUCCCUGGGAGAACAAAAGCGUGCAGAGGCAGGCCACGUACGCCACCCUGCCCAAUCGCAACCUCCUGGGGCUGCCCCUGCAGAAGCUGGCCCACUCUGACGGGGCGCUUGUCGCGAUCUGGGUCACCAACCGGGAGAAGCUGCGCGCUUUUGUGGAAAGCGAGCUUCUGGCCACGUGGGGGCUGCGGCUGGAGGCCACGUGGCACUGGCUCAAGGUCACCCCCGAGGGGGAAACGAUCAGUCCGCUAGAUCUGGCUCAUCACCGGCCGUACGAAGUGCUCGUGCUUGCCAGAGCCCCGUCCGAAGAGCAAGACGUGCCGUCCGCAGAGCGCGAGCAGCCGUCCGAAACGCAACACGUUGCGUCCGCAGAGCGCGAACAGCCGUCCGAAAUGCAGCAAGCGGCGUCCGACGAGCGCGAGCAGCCGUUCGGUACCCACAAAAUGAAUACCGUAGAGUCGCCGGCUUCUUCGCAGUUGACCGUUACGCCGUCUGCGCCCGACAACUUCGUCAUCGUCAGCGUUCCUGGAGAACACUCGAGGAAGCCGCCUCUGAAGUGUCUACUGGAAAAGUACUCGGCAAAAGGCGCUUCCUCGCGGGGCUUGGAGCUGUUUGCGCGCGAGCUGACGGCGGGAUGGACGUCGUGGGGCAAUGAGGUGCUGCGGUUCCAAGACGCCAAGUACUUCGUGGCCAAGGGGGGAAGGGCGCUGACCCCUGAUUGUAGCUCGAAUCAUUUGGCCAGGCCCAGGGAAGUGAAGUAACUGCGUAAAAUGUGACCUAGUCUCCAUAGAGAGGGAGUGUUGGUCGUGAUUUUAUACUUGGCAAUCAAUCAGCUCGGAAGUUGAGUUGAGUGGAAUUGCGGAAGUGACCGUACAGCAGCGAGCUUCAUUCAAGGAACUGGCCUUCGAUCUGGCCCCCGCUGCGCAGUCGUGCAUAUCGCUUGGUGCAGGGCUCGAGAACGUCACCUUUCGUACAAGAUGUGUCUCCAUACCAG